AUGGCGGAAACGCUCAAAGAAGAUGUUCGGAUGUCCAGUGAUUUGUUGAAAAAGUAAAUAUCAGUCUACGGCUUCUUUGAGAUUCGCUUUUAUUAUAAGUAUGUGCUAAUUUCUAAAUGUUUGUGUUUGCCUGUUUGACGAAACGAAAUUAUUUUCGUUGAACCUACGAGAACGCAAAGAAUGUCCAAAAAUGGCGGUUAUUUACCUGACCGCCCUUCUAUUCUAUGUAAUAAUGAUUCUCCAUGAUGUUGAACAAAGAUCGUUGAAGUAUGCAUCCAUAAAGAGUAAAUCUUUUAGUGCCCUAAAUGAUGAGAUAUGCCAAUCUUGAGAACAACUUUUGUUGUUAGACUUAAAGAUUUGGAUGAUCUUUUUUUUUAUUUGAUUUUCCAAUUUGCCAGAAUAUGCAAGUCAUUAUUCUUAAUGUGUACAAUUUUAGAACCCUUGCAAGCAAUUUGUUCUUCUAACACAAUAUAGACCAAAUAGUGACUGUUCUCCCUUGUCUGACGCAUGUCUUUCUUUCUUUUCCAAUCACAAUUCCUAAUCCAAACCUCAAAUUUAAGGCCGCGCUCUCUGUUUUCCCCGAUUGUUUGCAUUUGCUGGCCCCCGAUGUCUGGCCACACUCUCCAUUUGGCACACUCUCUCCCGCUCGGCCCAUCUUUUUGCCCCCAUCGACUUUAUUUUGUCUCCUGCGGGUCCAAAGCCUUGGCCGCCUUUUCCUCGUUCCGGCCGCCUUUUUGUCCUAAAAUUUAUCGAUUUGUUAUGCCGCGAAAUCCAUCAUUCACUGACUGGAGUUACAGUUGAUUUGUAAUAGUGUAACACUUGAAUAUUUUUUGUGAAAUUAAUUUAUAAAUAUUUUGGAUUCCAUUUUUUGACGGAAAUUUUUUUUCUUAUUUAUGGAUGUGACAAAAUCCUGCCCUGAGGGGUUUGUUUUGGUUUUCUUCGAGCCUUUUAGCCCUGUUUUUCGGAUAAAAUCUGGACUAAAUAUUUUGAGAAAAUGUGUUCACCCCAAAUUUAUAGCUUCGAGAAUCAGAAUUUUUUUUCACUUAUUCGUAUUUUAGAAUGCCGAAGCAAUCGUUGGAGUUGAUCGACUACUUGGGUCCGAUCGCGGCCGCCGUCAUCUUCUUCUCCACAAUGUUCAUCCUAAGUGUUACAGUAAUCCUUUGGUGUUUCGUGACUCCAAAUGAUGAUAAGACCGUCUUCGCCAAGGUAUCAUAGCUACUUCUUUACGUUUAUUAUCAUUAAUUUACUCUCCUAAAAAGAUUUAUUUAUUUUCCGCAAACAACUUUUUGCAAAAAAGGAGAGUUAUAAAGAGCGAUAUCAUGUAUAAUAUCACAAAUUUCCACUACAAUAUAAUAUUUAUCUUGAUCAUUUUCAGUGGGGUCUCGGACCACAACCGAAGAAUCAGCAAGUGGUUUACCGCGAUGGAGUGGUUAAGGCUGACUAAAAACACUGAAAUCUCGUUUUAUAGGCUUCAGAAUCCCUUCUGGUGGUGUGA